AUGCCGAGUUUCUCUCCAACAUUUACACCUGCAGAUGGCUUUCAGGUGCAGGAAACAAUUACAACUUUCAGUAUGCAAGGUGUGCAAUUGAGAUGUCACGACAUUGAUGAAGGUCUGUGGUUCCAGGAUGAAGGUCUGUGGUUCCAGGAUGAAGGUCUGUGGUUCCAGGAUGAAGGUCUGUGGUUCCAGGAUGGAGGUCUGUGGUUCCAGGAUGGAGGUCUGUGGUUCCAGGAUGAAGGUCUGUGGUUCCAGGAUGAAGGUCUGUGGUUCCAGUAUGAAGGUCUGUGGUUCCAGGAUGGAGGUCUGUGGUUCCAGGAUGGAGGUCUGUGGUUCCAGGAUGGAGGUCUGUGGUUCCAGGAUGGAGGUCUGUGGUUCCAGGAUGGAGGUCUGUGGUUCCAGGAUGAAGGUCUGUGGUUCCAGUAUGAAGGUCUGUGGUUCCAGGAUGAAGGUCUGUGGUUCCAGGAUGGAGGUCUGUGGUUCCAGGAUGAAGGUCUGUGGUUCCAGGAUGAAGGUCUGUGGUUCCAGGAUGGAGGUCUGUGGUUCCAGGAUGGAGGUCUGUGGUUCCAGGAUGAAGGUCUGUGGUUCCAGGAUGAAGGUCUGUGGUUCCAGUAUGAAGGUCUGUGGUUCCAGGAUGGAGGUCUGUGGUUCCAGGAUGGAGGUCUGUGGUUCCAGGAUGGAGGUCUGUGGUUCCAGGAUGGAGGUCUGUGGUUCCAGGAUGGAGGUCUGUGGUUCCAGGAUGAAGGUCUGUGGUUCCAGUAUGAAGGUCUGUGGUUCCAGGAUGAAGGUCUGUGGUUCCAGGAUGGAGGUCUGUGGUUCCAGGAUGAAGGUCUGUGGUUCCAGUAUGAAGGUCUGUGGUUCCAGUAUGGAGGUCUGUGGUUCCAGGAUGGAGGUCUGUGGUUCCAGGAUGGAGGUCUGUGGUUCCAGGAUGGAGGUCUGUGGUUCCAGGAUGGAGGUCUGUGGUUCCAGGAUGGAGGUCUGUGGUUCCAGUAUGAAGGUCUGUGGUUCCAGUAUGAAGGUCUGUGGUUCCAGGAUGGAGGUCUGUGGUUCCAGGAUGGAGGUCUGUGGUUCCAGGAUGGAGGUCUAUGGUUCCAGGAUGGAGGUCUGUGGUUCCAGGAUGGAGGUCUGUGGUUCCAGGAUGGAGGUCUGUGGUUCCAGUAUGAAGGUCUGUGGUUCCAGGAUGGAGGUCUGUGGUUCCAGGAUGGAGGUCUGUGGUUCCAGUAUGAAGGUCUGAGGUUCCAGUAUGAAGGUCUGUGGUUCCAGGAUGGAGGUCUGUGGUUCCAGUAUGAAGGUCUGUGGUUCCAGUAUAUAGGUCUGUGGUUCCAGUAUGGAGGUCUGUGGUUCCAGUAUGGAGGUCUGUGGUUCCAGGAUAGUGAAAGAGGACAGAGGUUCCAUGAUAGUGAUGAAGGAAUAAGGCUCUAA